AUGAGAGACGAAGAGUCCUAUGCCGUCAAUGGCAAAGAGGUCACGGAUGGUGCCUUUGAAAAGGACAUGGAGAAGCCAUUGGACGUCAACAAGUUGGAGCCCUUUGGAAAUGAGGAGACGGCAGAGGUCAAGUAUCGGACGAUGAAAUGGUGGCACUGUGGCAUGCUCAUGAUUGCGGAGAAUGUGUCAGUGGGUAUUCUCUCACUGCCUUCCGCUGUGGCUACCCUAGGAAUGGUCCCUGCUGCUAUCAUGAUUCUGUUCAUCUCAGCCCUGUCAUGGUACACAGGAUAUGUCAUCGGCCAGUUCAAGCUGCGUCACCCUGAGAUUCACAGUAUGGGAGACGCAGGCGAGCUGUUGAUGGGCCCUCUUGGUCGUGAGCUGUUGGGUCUGGGCCAGCUCCUCCUGCUGAUCUUCCUGAUGGCCAGCAACAUCCUGAUGUUCAACAUCUUGAUGAAUGUACUGACUGAUCACGGUACCUGUACUCUGGUCUUCGGUGUCGUUGGGCUCAUCAUCUGCUUCUUGGGUGCCUUGCCGCGUACCAUGGACAAGGUCUAUGUGAUGUCCGUCAUCUCAUUCCUGAGUGUCUUCGUGGCAACGGUACUGACCAUGAUCACCGUUGGUGUCGAGACCAAGGGCCACGUUGUGAACCAAGUCACAACGGAGGUCAGCUUCCGCGAAGGGUUCCUGGCUGUGACCAACAUUAUUUUCGCUUACCUUGCCCAUGUCGCCUACUUCGGUUUCAUGUCUGAAACAGAAGAUCCGCGCACAUUCAACAAGUCACUAGCAAUGCUGCAAAUCAUCGACACCGUCCUGUACUUGGUCAGUGCUUUGAUCAUCUACCACUACGUCGGACCCGAUGUGAAGUCACCUGCCAUUCUCUCCAUGAACCCGUUGAUGAGCAAGAUUGCCUGGGGUCUUUCCAUUCCAACUACCAUUCUUUCGGGUGUCGUGCUGGGCCAUGUUGCCUGCAAGUACAUCUACGUGCGUAUCUUCCGUGGAUCCGACAAGAUGCAUAGCAACAGCUUCCUGUCCAUCGGCUCCUGGGUCGCCAUCUGCCUAGGUGUCUGGGUUGUCGCCUGGGUUGUCGCGGAGUCGAUUCCAGUGUUCAACGAUCUCCUGAGUUUGAUUAGUGCGCUAUUCGGAAGUUGGUUCAGCUUCGGUCUUCCCGCAAUCUUCUGGCUCUACAUGAACAAGGGUCGAUACUUCCAAAACUGGAAAAAGGUGGUUCUGACCAUCACUAACCUCGGAGUCUUGGCUAUUGCCAUCGCUAUCUGUGGAUUGGGUCUCUACGUCUCUGGCGUUGCCAUCCACAAUGACUCCACCAACCAAAGCUGGUCUUGUGCUAAUGACGCGUGA